CGCGAGAACUCUAUCUUAUAUUUCUAGUAUCUUUGCGGUGGCUCAACUUGUCGGCGGCUCAACCGGUCAUAUCCCGUGCAAAAGUGCAUUAGCGCCGUUUUUAUGAUUAUGUAGCAGUUUUAUACCCUCAUGAGAAAGCAAGAAUAGAUAAUCAAGAAUCAAGAAUAUCCAAUGCCUUGACUUCAACUACCUGGUUCUUAACUAAAAGGCCAAGCCAAAAAUGUCUUCAACUAGCACAAGGGUAUUUAAAGUUGGUAUUGGGAGAUUUGUACAACAGGACUUCAACCAAAAAGCUUAUGUUCGUGCAAUGAGACUUGCUCUGUUACAUCAGUAUACCCGUUUAGCAGGCUUAAGGGUAUCGAUGAAAGAACACCAUGGACCCUUCUUCAAGAAUUAUACUUUCUUUAUUCGUCAUCAAUGGGCAAUGCUAAAUGAGGACAUUAUCAGUGACAUGAUACCACAGCCUAUACAUGGACUGUAUUCUGUGACAUAUCUAGGUAGCUCCUCAAUUUUAUGCAAAUCUCAAAUAAUCUUAGAAAAACAGCAGAAAUGUAUCAGCACUUGUAUCGCACAAGCUGUCUGUGUUAGUCUUCAAAAUAGGAAACCUGUUUCAUUUCCAGUUGCAAUCAAAGAAAUAUAUUCAUAUGCUGCUCUGGGGGCUAGACCCCAGAUUGCUCCUUUAUUAGCAACCCCAGAGCCUACACAACAGCAGAUCGGCAUCCAGAAGGCUUUUAUUGGUGAGACUGAUGUUGAUGAGAAUGGUCACACAAACAAUACUGCAUAUUUACAGUUUUGUAGCGAUGUUGCCAGAAAAGCUGCAACUGAUAAAAUGUUUACGUAUGUUACUCCUGAUAUAUUAGAUUCUAGAUUAAAGAAGUAUACUAUUCAUUAUAUUGGUGAAACAGUGCAAGGAGAUGAAGUCACUUUCACUUCGUGGCAGGAUUUACAAAAUGAAUAUUUGCUUCAUUUCGAGGCUAAGAAAGAUGAUAGAGUUAUUAUUAGAUGUCAGUUUGGAUUUUAAUCCAAAAUUGCAUUCUUCUCUAUGAAUUUGCAUUAAUGAAUGCUACAGUACAGUAUAAUGAGAGUCAAUAUAUAACUGUAGCAUACCGAGGAACAACAAUUACAAAAUAAAGCACUCAACAUUGUAUUAAAAUUCAGUUUAAAAGAUGCUGACACAUUAAUUCUUAAUUCUGUUUCACAUGGUUUGGAAAAACCAAUGUUGAUAUCAAAAGCUCAGUAAAAAGUCGGAUUAAAUUUGCCAACCAAUGAAAACAAUGUUAUUUGCAGGAGUUGUUAAAACUAACAAAAGCAAAAUUAAUAAAAUUGAUUGUAAAAUGGCUAAUUCCAGAUGAAAGUGUCAAAUUCAUACAUUUUAAAAGUACUGUACAAUUUCUAUUUUCAAAAUAUAGUUUUAUUAUACAGUAUAACGUAGACAAAUUAAACAUUGAGGAGUA